GUGCAGGAAUAGAAAACAAGCCUAGGAACAGAAAACAAACGGUCGGUUCGCGGGACAGAGAGACACUUUUUUCUGCCAGAUUUGUUUAUUUUGAGUGAAAACGCGUCGAAUGAGACUAAUUUCGUUAAAAUCGGGGGUGCAGUAGGUAUUCUUAACAAUUACCAAAAUCGAUAAAACCGACCUAUACAGUAACAUAAACAAAUGACAAAUGGAAAAUGAAGAAAUAAUACAAUUGUGUAAACGGAAGGAAAAACUCUUGAAAAAGAUUAUUUUUUUAAAAGACAGAUUAAAGACCCAAGAAAAAUACGGACGUCCUCAAGAAUCAAUUAACUUAAACACCAUACUGCCUUCCGACGAUGACGAUCAAAAACCAUCAGAAGUCUUGUCUACCAAGUACACAGCUAAAUUGUGUGAAAUUACCAGUCAAGUGACAGGAAUAACAUUUAAAGAUGUUGAUAGAAAAUGGUUAAACAAUGAUAUUUAUAUGUAUACAGCUAAAGUGGUGACAAAAACAAUUUCCUUUAACAUGGAAUUAACAGUGGCUUUAAAGGUACCAAAGAAAAAUUAUAAAAUGAAUUUAAAUGAUUUCCGAAUUGAGGACAUAAUGUGCCACUUCAUAGAUGUCACGAAUUGUUACAUAUUAGAAAUAUCCCCUUGGUUCCAAAAAAUUGCAAGAAUGAAGAACUUUUCUCUUCUUAUGUCCGCGUUUUCCGAUUAUAACGAAAACAAUGUUUUUAGAGCUAAAGUUUUACGUAGUUUAGAAUUAAAGAAAUACUCGAGCGUUGAGCAAUGUACUGGAGAAAAUGGAGGUAUAUUAGUGUAUAUGCACUCACCCUUAGAUACAGAAAAAAACUACAUUAUAUUUAAUUGGACGAUGAAAUUUUUGGAUCUGACGUGGCGGAUUGAACAUUUUUUUACAGUAAAAUCUACAGACAUAGAAAAAUUGUACAGCAAAGCAAAGUUUUGUGAGUACAUAUUUAAUAAUUUCCAUACAACAUACAAACAUUAAAUCAACAUUUUAAAAGCCUUGUUAAAUAUUGAUAUAACAUUUAUUUAAUAAUUAAAUCUCGUCAAAAAGACUAAUGAGAGUCAGCACGGGUAUAAGUGCGCAAAUGUUUAUUUCUUGUCAGCGAACAAACAUUCCAAGGAAGAUGCCACUGCGGAUUUGGCAAACGCCGGUGACGCAGCGUCCUCCCGUUUUCUGUUGACUGACGAGGAUGAGAUUCUGUAUAUAUUGCGCUGAAGAUGACUCGAAAUGAGUCGAAACGUCCGUAGUUAUUGUAAUUUGAAAUUAACACGUUGAUAUUGUUCGCUGACAAGAAAUAAACAUUUGCGCACUUAUACCCGCGCUGACUAUUAUUAGCCUUUUUGACAAGAUUUAAUUAUUUGAAAUUUCGAGUUCUUCAUCAACUUCAAUUUAUUUAAUAUAUGUACAAUUUAAAUUUUAUAUAUAUUAGAACCAUAUUAUUUAAAAACAGCGUAAAAAAAUGCAAAUUUUGGCCGAUUUUUAGCUAGCGCUAUUCCCCUUACCUCACCAACUUACACGCAGUCCGAAUGUCAAUCAGCGUUUAGAUUACGCGGGAAAUAGUGCAGUAAGAGAAAACCUCCACAUAACAAAUAUUGAUCCAAGGUAUAUCCUGCGGAUGUUUGAAUCUGCUAUUUAUAGCCCUAAAAUAUUAUAAUUCAGAUAUCCUCAUAAUGUUUUUGGGUAAUCAAAUUUGAUCCUGAUGAUAUCCAAUAAAUGUCUUAAAAUAACUUUUGGAACGUUUUAAUUCUAUGAGUCUCCAAAAUCCGCAUAUUCUCCAAUAUUUGCAUAAAUAUAUUACUGCACUACAUAAUUUUAAUGAGCAAAACAAUAAUUUUGUAACAUUUUAAAAAACAUUUUUUACAAAAAUAAUCGCAGGAAUUUCUUCUCGGAAAUUCCCAAGCGGCUACUCAUCCAACUCGUAAUCGCGGUGGACGAUGCUUGACUUCUGCGAUUGCUGCGAACCGAUCCCUCGGGAUGAUCUGUGAACACUUUAUAUUAAUACGUGUACAUAACUGAUAGAUUAAGCGACUAUAUGUUAUAGAAAAGAUGAAAUAUGUAUAAUUAAAGCAUAUUAUUUAUAUAUAAAUAAAACUAAUUUUUU